CAGGGGCCGCUGUGGCGGGCGACCCGCGCUGAGCGCCGGGUAGCGGACAAGAUGGCGGAGUCCGGGCAGGCUCCCGUUUGCAGCUUCCUGUUUAAAAAAUCAGCGAAAAAAUGUAAAGGAAGAAAACGAAGAGCGGACGACGAGAAAGAUAGCAGUGGAGAUGACGAAGGAAACACAGUGGUGCGGAGAGAAAAGAGAAAGACUGUGUCAAAUCCUAUGAUACAGAAGACUGCGAAACCAGCAGCACCAAAGGAGCAGUACAGUGACACUGACAGUGAUGGACCCGAGAAAAUCACCGUCUCCUACAAAUCCACGCGAUCAGCGAAAGCUGUGGGGCCAGAAGACAUGGGAGCAACAGCUGUCUAUCAGUUGGACACGGAGAAAGAUAAAGAUAUGCAAGCUAUCUUCGAACGAAGCCAGAAGGUCCAAGAGGAACUGAAAGGGAAAGAUGACGAGAAACUCUAUCGCGGUAUAAACAACUAUAUCAAAUAUAUCAAACCCAAGGACACGUCCAUGGCAAAUGCAGCUUCGGGAAUGGUAAGGAAAGGACCCAUCCGAGCACCUGAACAUCUCCGAGCAACAGUGCGGUGGGAUUACCAGCCUGACAUCUGUAAAGAUUACAAAGAGACAGGCUUCUGUGGGUUUGGAGACAGCUGUAAGUUCCUGCACGACCGCUCAGACUACAAGCAUGGCUGGCAGAUAGAACGAGAGCUGGAUGAAGGCCGUUACAGUGUAAAUGAUGACGAGAACUAUGAAGUGAGCAGUGAUGAGGAUGCCAUGCCCUUUAAAUGUUUUAUCUGCAGGACCUCAUUUACCAACCCAGUGAUGACUAAGUGCAAGCACUAUUUCUGUGAAAAUUGCGCUUUGCAGCAUUACCGUAAAUCUAAACGCUGUUAUGUGUGUAACGAGCAGACCAAUGGAGUCUUUAAUCCAGCCAAAGAACUCAUGGCAAAAAUGAAAAAGCACGAAGCUGAGAGCAUGGCAGAACAUUCCCACGAAGCAUCCGAAGUGGAGCAUACGGAGUAACACCGUCCACCGCUCUGCACAGUAUAGACCAUGCUUCAAAUUUUGGUCAGCAAAAUAAACUUGUUUUACAAAUAA